CGCCCGUGUUGUGUCUUUGCCGAAGAAGGGCCUUCCGUGAAAUGAAUGUGAAUUUGUUUCGAAGAAUAUAUCCAUGAAUGCUCGUUCUUCUCCAAAAGAAGGCUUCUUGAGAAAUUCACGGCUGUUUUUUUUCUCAAAUGCGUCAGCAGCAGCUUUCGGUUUGCCAAAAUAAUCUUGACCUCACAGGCGCCGCUAUAGCAACUGCAGACCGAACGCCCAAUAGAGAUUUCAUCGAUGAUCAAAUUCUGGUGGAGCGAGAAAAUGUCCCUUCUAUUUCUCUCCCGCGACAAAGCACAGGUAUAUGCCAUUUCGCACUUGACAUGGGCGGUUCCCUUGUCAAGGUGGUGUACUUUUCUCAAGACAGUGAAGACAAAACUGGUGACCUUCCUCUUGACUCGUCGUCGAUGCUAGGAGGAGGAAGGCUGCAUUUUCGAAAAUUUCAAGCAACACAACUGGAAAUUUGUUUAAAUUUUAUAGAACAAAAUCGCCUGCAUCUUGGCGCUGAAGGAAGGAAGGCUAUUGUCAAGGCAACUGGUGGAGGUGCCUACAAGAAUUCACUGUUAUUCCAACGUCGUUUUGGUAUACAACUUCAGAAAGAAGAUGAGAUGGAAUGUGCAGUUGCAGGUGCAAACUUUCUUCUUGAGACAAUCAGAGAUGAAGCAUUCACCUUCACUCACGGUCAGAAAGACUAUGUUGUUCCUGAAGAUUUGCACGAAGAUAACGAUGAUCUGUUCCCCUACCUGCUAGUGAACAUAGGCUCAGGUGUCAGCAUCAUUAAGGUUGACAGGUCCUCUUUCGAGCGCAUUGGGGGCACAAACAUAGGUGGCGGUACAUUUUGGGGACUAUGUCGACUUCUCACAGGACUUCAGGAUUUCGAUGAGAUGCUUGCGUGCAGCGCAGCUGGAGAUAACAGCAAGGUUGACAUGUUAGUCGGUGACAUUUAUGGUGGUCGAGACUAUUUAAAAGUAGGGCUGUCAAGUAGCACCAUAGCAUCCUCUUUUGGUCGGGUGGUGACAGAGGAAGGUUCACUUGAGGACUAUAAUAAAGCUGACAUAACACUCUCUCUGCUUCGCAUGAUAAGCUACAAUAUUUCACACAUUGCGACGUUGAUGGCAGUUAAGCACGGGCUUAAGCGCAUAUUCUUUGGAGGCUACUUUAUCAGAGGGCAUGCGUAUACCAUGAACACAAUAUCUUUUGCAGUUGACUAUUGGAGCAAGGGUGAAUUGAAAGCGAUGUUUCUUCGACAUGAAGGAUUCCUCGGGGCAUUGGGUGCGUUUCUUCAAGAUGCUCAGGCACAAUCAUUUUACAGUGUCCCGCUACGCGGUCCCUGGAUAGAAAAUAUCAUGAAAUACUCUGUGCCAUCGUUUUCUUGGAAACAGAGAAUGGAUUUUAAAGCUGAUCAUAUAGUCGAGCCACAAGUAGGUAAGGUAUGUACUGACAAUAGCUGCCUGUAUGGUAUUGCCUCUGGAACAUCAGCUUGCUCUGUUAAACGUGUACGCUUUGUAGCUUUCCUGCAGUGUUCAAUAUCAAAAGAUGAGCAAACUUACAACAGGAACGGUACUUUGUCACAGUCUGUAUAUUUUGGGACAUGCUGCACCAACGUCGACAAGAAGAGCUUGAAAAUAAUUCCAAGUUUGAGUACUCACAAAAAAAACUUGUCUGACCAACAGGCUCGGCGGAGAAAAGACACCGAAAGUGCUUAUAUCAAUACUUUCCAGGACCGUUUUCUUGAAAUGGACAGGCUUCAGAUGGAUGUAUUGAACCUCAAGCAGACAUUGAUUACAUUUCCGCUUCUGUGCUGCCCUGUCGAAUAUGAGCCUGACAUCAUAGAUUUGCACGAAUCUCGAGAGGAGCGAGAAUAUUGGCUUGAUAUAUUGCACGGCGUGAGCCAGGGUCUAUUAGAAAAGGCCUUAACUUCAGAAAAUACAAGGCAUGACGUCUGUGAAGCCUGUUCUGACGAUGCGGGUGAGCGCGUUGCCGCGUUCAGUACAGUUUUUUGUGGACAUCUUGACAGGUUACGCGAAGAGCCUAGCGCAUACGGUCGCAUUGGCCUUUCUGGACUUUUUGAGUUGCGCGAAGAAUGUUUACGAGCUUAUGGUUUCAGAGAUGCUUAUUUUCAAGUGAAAAAACAAGAAAAUGCGGCCGCUCUUGCAGUACUUCCUGACUUAUUUUCUGAACUGGAUGGAAUGCUCGACGAAGAACGCCUGCUUGUUCUUAUUGAAGGUGUGUUAGCUGGUAAUAUUUUCGAUUGGGGGAGCCAAAGCUGCGUGGACCUUUACAACAAAGGUACUGUUCUCGAGAUAUAUAGGCGUGCUCGAGCUUCAGUCGCAAGACCGUGGGCUGUAGACUGCUUCGACAAAUUUCGAGCAGUGUUCUUUGGCAAUGGUAUUCGAGUGUGUCAAUACAAUAAGGCCCUUUUGUUUUGCGAUAAUAGCGGUGCUGACAUUGUGCUAGGAAUGCUUCCUUUCGCGCGUGAACUACUUAAACGUGGUACGGAUGUGUGUCUUGUAGCGAACUCUCUUCCUGCAAUCAAUGACGUAACUGCACAAGAGUUGCGCGAAGUUGUCCAUCUUGCUGCUGAAAACUGCAAAACUCUCACAUUGGCACUCUCUGCCCACCUUCGUUCCUCGGACAAUGCAUCUCUUGUAAAACCUUCAGGAAUUCUUACUGUAUGCGCAAACGGCAGUGGCUCUCCAUGUCUUGAUUUCAGACGUGUUUCGUUAGAACUUUGUAAAGCUGCAGAAGGAGCUGACCUCAUUGUUUUGGAGGGAAUGGGUCGCGCUAUUCAUACAAAUUUCAACGCCAUUUUUCACUGUGAUACUUUGAAGCUAGCCAUGAUAAAGAAUUCUCGACUGGCAGAAAAACUCUUCGGUGGUAAAGUAUACGAUUGUGUUUGUAAGUUUGAGCCACUGUGCAGGACGUAG